AUGUCGUCCGAGAAGAUUUCCGACGCUACAAAGCGCAAGCUUAACCACCGGCGAGACUGGCCAAAGUGGUACCUCGCUCUCCGAGUUGAGGCACGAUCGAAGGCCGUCUGGGAACUACUUGACCCAGACGCAGACGACAAGAAGUCACCUUCAGACCCGUCCAAGUUCAUUGAUGCCAUACCCUCGGUCGACGACUACGUCAAAAAGCGAAAUACCGCUCAAGACCUUGCCUACAACGAGGCUCUAACAGACUACAAACGAAGACUUGAAGAGUACGCGCAGCAACAGGCACAGGCAGACGCUCCAGACGACCCGGACGAUCCCCAGGAGCCAGAAGAAGAGGUUGAAAACGAGCCCAUCGAACAACCGACGAUUCCAACGAAGCCAAAGGUCGUUACAGCCCACCAAGCACGACUCGUUGAGGAAUACACGGGCUACAUCCAGCAACUGGUUUCAAAGACGGUCUCCCGCACACGAAAGGAGAGGUCCUAUGAGUCCAUGGACAAGUGGAUGUCUGACACUGUCGCUCCGGAAAUCCUCGAGAACGCGAAGGAAGAACUUAUCGAUACCGAUGACUGCUCCCUUCGUGCGAUUAUCCGUGUUCUCAAACGAAAGUACGCCCCAAGCGACUCAAGCUCGCUCACAAUCGCCCGAGAAGAAUUCACCGCGGUCAUGAGCAGAGCGAAUUCCAACGUCAAUCCCUCCACCUGGAUCAAGGACUUCAACUCUGUCUACCGUCGGGCAGUCCAGCUGAACCUGCCCGAAGUACAAGGUACCCUGGCUUCCAAAGCCUUUCUCUAUGCGACCGCGCGUCGCUUCGCCCCAGCCUGGUCCAACCAGGAGCUCACUGAUAUCGUUAAAAUGGAGCGAAAAGGAGAGACAGUGCCGGAUAUGGGGCAAUACGCAGAGAUUUUCGACGAUCUUCUGCACGAAGAAGCGAUCUACGGCCGAAGUCGUAGCCGCAACCCUAAAUUGCCCUUGUGA